CAAUGGCGGCGCGGCGCGGGCGGCGAGAAACCCGCCGGAGUAUGCGGCGGCGAUGGCUGCGACGUCCGAGACAGCAGGCCGUUACAUAAGAUUCACCACCGCGGGACCUUGUGGCGGCUCUGUAGCUCUUGCGUUCUCAAAUACAGCACUGGAUCAUUCUGUGCUCUCUGCUUCUCUCUCCUCGACGCCAGACCUCCGGCGAUCGUCCGAUGUGCAAAGUGCCCUUCGAUCUCUCACCGUUCUUGCUUGCGAAACCCUAAUCUUGCAUUUAUUUGCCCUAGCUGCAAGAAUCCUGAAGGAACGAGGAAGUUGAUUGACGCUGGAUCGAAGAAGGUUCUUUUGGCGGCUGGCGAAUUGGCUGCGAAUUCAAUGAAGAAGGCUGCGGCUGCGGAGAGGGCGAGGCCGAUAUGAAGGUGGAGGCCAGCGGUGAAGGCGAGGAAGCGGGCGAGAGAGAUGCUAGAGAGAGCUCUUGUUGUUUGCAAGAGGGAGAGGGAGAGGAGAAAAAAUGCAGACUGCGCGCUGACGAGGAGCCGAAGAGAAAGUUUGGGGAGCAGAAGAGA